ACUUCGUACCCCCACCCAUACCCUACUCUGAACCCGAGGUGCGGCUGCGACCCCAAACCUUCCAGCGACACCAAAUGAUACAGCUUCAACAGACUGUGAUGGCCGGGGACCCCAUGCGGCAGGAGGAGAGGGUCAAAGGUCGCAUGGCAUCGCGUGUCCCAGAGGGGCCCAGGUCAUCGGGCAGUGGCAGUGGUAGUAGUGGCAUCGUCAGUGCUGGUCAUGGCGGUGCUACUGCCGGCAGUGGAGCCACUGACGACGCUGCCUUCUGGCCCUCUGGAAGUGUUCCUUCUCCUUUUACACCCACUAAUUUUCUGAGAGACAACAGGUUAGAUUAUAACGUAGAUGUUAGAACAGAUGCCAGAGUAGAUACUAAGAAACAGUUAGUUACUGCCAAAUCUUCGAAAAAUGGGUCCAAUGUGAGUGAAGAUAAAUCUAGAGUAGUGUUAGCUGGCGAAGCCAGGAACGAUGCUACAGGCACUGCUCCAGGCAGCAUGGAGAAGAACAGAGAGAAGACCAGGUCUCCCGGAGGCAUUGAGGGCAGGAGCAUCAUUAAAGAUGACUCCAGAAGGGACAUUCUGAGGGAGCAAAGAGACAAAGACGAGAAGAUGAAGGAAGCGAGGAAAGAGGCGACCACUAGGCGGGUAUCCUGGGUACCUGGUGUUACUGACAACGCAGCAGCCACCAGGGAUAAACCUGCUUACAAGAGACGUCACUCAGCGGUCGUCAAGUCCAGCGAAGUCACCUUCCAGCGCCAGAGAUCCUUCUCUCUCGACAGUCAACAGGUGAGGUUAUCCAUGCCUGGCUCAGCAUCAUGGCUGGUAGUUCCCAGACCUGUCAUCUCCACUGAGAACAGCACCACGCGCCUCACUGAGCCUCGCGGGGAGAGAGAUCGCUCGGAGCCACGCUACUUUACCUUCUCCGAUGUACAUCCUUGUACGUGGGAAGCUCACCCUGCGCACUCCGCCACUACUAGCGGCUCCGGGCGAGGCUCCAGUACCACCAGAGGGCCAUCUACCCACACCAGUGGUGGUACCAGUGACCCUUCCUCCAGAUUUCUUGUUCUCAAUCCGGACGUUCCCCGCGAACGCCUGGUCACCUACACCAGCACGGAAGGAGCGAGACUUACGUUCGCCGACCUCUACACUCGCGACUACCUAUACACCCUUCCUGUGUUGUUCCUGGCGGCUGCUAGAGGGAACUCAGCCAUCACCUACCUCCUUCUGAAGUACGGAGCAGCUCCCGCUGUUACCGACGCCAUGGGUAACACGCCGCUCCACAUUGCGGCCUGCCAGAUGAACAUAGCCUGGGAGAGCGUCCUCGAUCUCCUCGAGUACGGAGCUCCAAUAUCUCGUGCCAACAGCGUCGGCAACAGAGCUCUUGAUCUUCAGCCAGCGCUCGUUAGGUUACAGGAACAGCUGGUACUGGACUGUUUCGCCACUUUCGACCCCCCGGCAAGAGUGGAACCUGACCCAGUGACCUGCUCCAACCGUGACCUGGCUUCAGGUCCCGUGAGGCAGUCGUCGAACCUGCUGCGUCGCCUUCAGGGUGUGGCCAGCAGGGACAAGACCAGCGGUGGGGUGACCAACACCACCUCCAGUCUGCGGGGUCGAGUCCCUGGGGGUCGAACUGGGGUUCUCAGGGGAGAGAAGGAGGAAGAUAACAGUGUGUCUUCAAGUGACGCUGCUGUACUGCAGUCUACGGGGAGCGUUCGUAGCAGGGGAGGAUCUACACCUGGCCCACCUGCUGACUAUCGUAGCAAGGUGACUAUCUUAACACCCCCACCUGCUGACUAUCGUAGCAAGGUGACUAUCUUAACACCCACACCUGAUGACUAUCGUAGCAAGGUAACUAUCUUAACACCCCCACCUGAUGACUAUCGUAGCAAGGUAACUAUCUCAACACCCCCACUUGCUGACUAUCGUAGUAAGGUAACUAUCUCAACACCCCCACUUGCUGACUAUCGUAGUAAGGUAACUAUCUUAACACCCCCACCUGAUGACUAUCGUAGCAAGGUAACUAUCUCAACACCCCCACUUGCUGACUAUCGUAGUAGGUAA